AUGGUGGACGAGAUCAAGCAGGCCUUCGCCAAGUUUGACAAGGACAAAGACGGGCGUGUGAACGCGCUCGAGCUGGGCAAGAUCAUGCGCGAGAUGGGCCACAACCCCACCUACGGCGAGCUGGAAACCAUGAUCAAGGAAAACGGAGGCGGCGGAGUGAUGGACGUGAACGGCUUCCUGGGCAUGGUGGCCAAGAACUACUCCUCGGUCGACAACGAGCGCGACCUCAUCGAGGCCUUCCAGGUGUUCGACAAGGACGGCAAGGGGUUCAUCUCCGUCAUGGAGCUGCGGAGCAUCCUGUGCAACAUGGGCGAGAAGCUCACCGACCAGGAGGUCGAGGAGAUGCUCCGCAAUGCCUGCAUCCAGGGCGAUGGCAACGUCGACUACACCGCCUUCGUGCGCCACAUGCUCGCCCGCGACCAGUGA